ACCAGAGGAACACGGACCCUCCCUCCAUCUUAUUUUCAUUUUCCAGUCCCUCCUUCGAGCUCCAGUGUCUUUGUUCUCCACCCUCUCUCUCCUCCUCCCUCCUUUUUCUACUAUGCACAUGGUUUCCCUCUGAGGCGCCUUACUUUUGCAGGUUCUGGAUGGAAGAGAGUGAUGGUUCCAGGGAGCUGCAUGCGAAGCCCAACGCAUCCUCUGCGCUGACUCUUAAUCGGUGGGACUUUGAGCACGGAUGCGUUAGCUGCAGCGGCUGCAGCAUCAAACCACACUGAGACUCACUGAGACUCACUGAGACACACUGAGACUCACUGAGACUCACUGAGACACACUGAGACUCACUGAGACUCACUGAGACACACUGAGACUCACUGAGACUCACUGAGACUCACUGAGACUCACUGAGACACACUGAAACUCACUGAGACUCACUGAGACUCACUAAGACUCACUGAGACACACUGAGACUCACUGAGACGCACUGAGCUUCAGCGAACUGGACGACGACUGGAGCACACACUUCAGUGGAGCCAUGAAAGACAACAAUGGAGGAUACGAGAACCAGCUCUUCAAAGAGGAGGAUUUCACUGGAGAAGAGGAGGAAAUGCCUUCGUUCAGAGGUCGAGCCAGAGGCGGCUGCGUGCGCUGCCAGCAGAGCCGCUCCCUGCAGCUCGCCGUUAAAGUCCUCUACGCGUUGGUGGUGUUCCUCGUCAUCGUCGUGGCAGUGCUGGCUUCACUCGUGUUUAGGAAGGUGGACGACCUGCUGAAGGAGGAGACCGUCCACCACAAGAGGAUCUCCAAGGUUCAGGAAGGACUGGACGAUCUGAGCUCCGCCUCCAACUGUUCGCGCUGCCUUGGUGGAAGCUGCAGCGAGGAGCUCGGCCGGCUCCGGAGGGAGUUGGACGACGUCCAGAGACUGAUGCUGGGUCAGAAACAGGUGCUGGACCAGGCCACACAAACCCAGACCGGCCUCAAAUCCACCAGCAACCAGCUGCAGCGCGACGCCCAGAACCACCUCAUCGCCAUCAAACUGCUCAACCAGUCGCUGGAGCGGUACCUGGACCGGGUCGAGGGCUGGAAGGACGUGAUACAAGAAACCGAGGAGAAGAUGAAGACUCUGACGGAGGACCAGUACGAGGUCAAGGCUGCAGCGCAGCAGGUCAACGCCACGGUGGCGCUGAGCACCUCCUGGAUCGACGCCCUGCAGAGGAGAGCCCACGAGGAGGCGCUGGUGCUGCAGAAGCUGACCAGCGACUGGCAGAACUACAGCCGCGUGCUCGGCGCCAUCAAGUCCAACACCAGCGGCACCGCGCUGACGCUGCGCUCCGUCCAGAACAACGUGGCGGCAGACCACCAGAGGAUCGCCAUGGCGACGGAGGUCUACUACGACCUCACUCAGCAGGUCAUGAACCUGCAAAUGCAGCUGGACAACGUGACGUCGUUCAUGGAUGAGCACGAGGAGAACGUGCACGACCUCCACUACCACUCACGGUACUACGAGAACAGGACGGGGGAGCGGUUCUCCGCCCUGGAAGGUCGCCUGAAGUCCAUCGAGAUGGAGAUCGAGACGGUCUCCUCCAGCAUCAACGCCACCGUGAGCCACGUCCAGAGCAUGUACAAAUACAUCAGCACCGAGAGCUCGUCGUGCCAGAGCCGCCUGGGCCGCCACACGGAGGAGCUGCAGAACCUGAACAACACCGUGCUGUUACUGCUCCACCUGGCCGACACUCUGAGGCAGCACAACAUGCUGCUGAACGUGCGCCUGGACGUGGACGUCAGGAACCUGUCCAUGGUGAUGGAGGAGAUGAAGCUGGUGGACGUCCACCACACGCAGCUCAUCAAGAACUUCACUAUAGUCAAAGGUGCUCCUGGACCACCAGGACCCAAGGGGAACCGUGGUGAGACUGGUCCAAAGGGGUCAGUGGGACUGACUGGGAGCAAGGGGGACCAGGGGCCCGUAGGAGUCAGAGGUUCUGCAGGGGAGAAGGGCUCGAUUGGGCCCAAAGGCCAAGCUGGUGAGCCAGGUUCCAGUGGCAGUAAAGGGACAGCGGGGCUCAAAGGAGCGAAGGGCUCACUGGGUUUGCCAGGACCACGUGGCGAGAAGGGCCAGAAAGGCGACAUGGGCCCCUCCGGCACCGACGGGGGCCCCGGGCCCUCAGGGCCUCCAGGAAUCCAGGGUCAGACUGGCCUCCCUGGAAUAGUGGGGUCGGUGGGUCCCAAGGGAAAACCUGGUCCCCCAGGGCCGCCGGGACCACCAGGCCCCCCCGGACCCCCAUGGACGGUCAAACCAGAAGACACUAGGAGCGACUGAGAGGUGAUGGACUGAAGCAGGAUCACCAGCAAAAGAACUGCUGCCAAAGACUGAGGUUUUCAGAACUGAGUCAGUGGCCGAGCGAUCGAAACCUCCUGGGCCUAAAAGCAGGAGGCUCAUUAACCACAGGUGUAAAUGUGUAAAUGCUGACCGACACUGACGUCCUUUAACCGUGGGAUGGCACUUUACUGGAUGGCACAGAUUUGGGGUUCCAGAGCCGGUCCUCUAGAACCUCAUUUUCCCUUUUCCUGUCCUGAAACGUCAGAUUUGGGACGUGUCCCUCAGUGACUUUCAGGCUUGUGUCUUAAACUGAGCACAGCAGCGACAGAAAGCUAGAAAGCAGCUUCUCUGAUGUGACCCAUGGAACAAACAAAGCUCUGAGUCUGACGGUGUUCACAUAAAUAUUCACUUAUAUCUGGACUGUACUUUAUCUGGAGAGCUUGUUAUGAAAUGCAACUGGCUUGCACAACCUCAAUAAACCCCUUUUUACCAGCG